UGUCAAAUCGCCCGCCCUCGUAGCUUUACAAUCACACAGACAACAAUGGCGGCUUCUUGCAUGCUCAGAUCCUCUUUCCUCUCUCCAUGUCCUCAACUUCAUCAUCAAUCAACAACAACAACAACUUCAAAACCCAAUAAUGGUAUUCAUUUCUUCACUCCGAUUAAAGCUACUGCAUCUACAAACGAUGCAGUUUCCUCUCAGAAGCACCGACGCCCUGCUGACGAGAACAUCCGUGAAGAAGCGCGCCGUCACUGCUCAUCUCAUAAUUUCUCCGCUAGGUAUGUUCCUUUUAAUGCUCCUCCCACUUCUGAUGAAUGGUAUUCACUAGAUGAGAUUGUGUAUCGGAGUCGGUCUGGUGGAUUACUUGAUGUUCAGCAUGAUAUGGAUGCGUUAAAGAAGUUUGAUGGUCAGUAUUGGCGAUCCUUGUUUGAUUCUCGUGUCGGUAAGACUACUUGGCCUUAUGGGUCGGGUGUUUGGUCUAAGAAGGAAUGGGUUUUGCCUGAAAUUGAUAGUGAUGAUAUUGUUAGUGCUUUUGAAGGAAACUCUAAUCUGUUUUGGGCUGAGCGUUUUGGCAAACAGUUUCUGGGCAUGACUGAUUUGUGGGUCAAACACUGUGGGAUUAGCCAUACUGGUAGCUUUAAGGAUCUUGGCAUGACUGUUUUGGUGAGUCAAGUGAAUCGGUUGCGGAAAAUGCAUAAACCGGUUGUGGGUGUGGGUUGUGCUUCUACUGGAGACACAUCUGCUGCGUUGUCGGCUUACUGUGCAUCUGCAGGCAUCCCGUCGAUCGUAUUUCUACCUGCUAAUAAGAUAUCUAUGGCGCAACUGGUUCAACCAAUAGCAAAUGGGGCUUUUGUGUUGAGUAUUGACACUGAUUUUGAUGGUUGUAUGCAGUUGAUUCGCGAAGUUACUGCUGAGUUGCCUAUUUACUUGGCUAAUUCGUUGAAUAGUUUGAGGUUGGAAGGGCAAAAGACGGCAGCAAUCGAGAUUUUGCAGCAGUUUGAUUGGGAAGUUCCGGAGUGGGUGAUAGUUCCUGGUGGGAACUUGGGCAACAUAUAUGCAUUUUAUAAAGGUUUUCAGAUGUGCAAAGAGUUGGGGCUUGUGGAUCGUAUCCCUAGGCUUGUUUGUGCUCAAGCUGCCAACGCCAAUCCGCUUUACUUGCAUUACAAAUCCGGUUGGAAAGACUUCAAACCUGUGAAGGCCAACACAACAUUUGCAUCUGCUAUACAGAUUGGUGACCCGGUGUCUAUAGACAGAGCUGUUUUUGCCCUGCAGAACUGCAAUGGGAUAGUGGAGGAGGCAACAGAGGAGGAGUUGAUGGAUGCUAUGGCUCAGGCGGACUCGACUGGGAUGUUCAUUUGCCCACACACUGGUGUGGCAUUGACUGCAUUGUUCAAGCUGAGAAACAGUGGAGUCAUUGCACCAACUGAUAGGACUGUGGUUGUGAGUACAGCUCAUGGAUUGAAGUUUACUCAAUCCAAGAUUGAUUACCACUCAAAGGAAAUAAAAGACAUGGAAUGUCGGUUUGCUAACCCACCUGUGGAAGUGAAAGCAGAUUUUGGAUCAGUUAUGGAUGUUCUGAAGAGCUAUUUGUUGAGCAAAAAUUCCAAGCUAUGAUGUGUUCUCAUUUUUAAACAUAGUAAGUUUGUAUUACACUAUUACGUACUUCUGUUGUCAGCAUUUGGUUCUUUAUCGUCAUUAAUUUGCCGUACAUACAUGACCAGAUGGUGAUGUUGUUGUUGGUAGAGUUGAGGAGAGAAAGGCUCUAAAUUUCGUUUGAGAGUACUAUGAACUCGAGUCCUUUUAUGGAACUUUAUUUUCUGUAA